UAUUUAAUAAUUCAAGCAAGCGAAUAUUGGAAAUUGCAAAUUUGCAUUGGAAUGUGCAAAUUUUUUAUUAUGUACUUGUGUAUAUCGUUUUAAAGAAACAAUUCAUUUUACUGUUCUUCAAAAUUGUAAUUAAGAUUUCAAUGCUAUGCUAAUAUCUGUACCUAUCUGUUGUUAGUUUUGAUUCCAUACAAAGACAAUUUAUAAAUUAUAAUUUCUUUUUUGUGACGCUAUAUGUCGCUUGAAUUAUAUCAAUGUAUGUUAUUUUGGAAAAAACUUUAAACGUAUAAAAAAAUAAAACAAUUAAGAAGCAUUUUGUGAAGUUGAAAAAAAUGGUAAAAAAGAGAGGAAUUGUGUGGAACUAUUAUAACAAGAAGAUACUAGGAUCUCAAGUGAUAGCAUUCUGUAAAUUUUGUAAUCAAUCAUACAUUCAAAAUGCUACUCGUAUGGAACGACAUAUGGGAAGAUGUUCAAAGUGUCCGGAAGAUGUCAAACAACAGUUUAUUCAAGUGGCACAUUCAAAGAAACAUAAAAGUGAUAGCACUGACAAUAAACUAAAUGAUCGAUGGCCGAAACAAGAAUCGCCAGUUGAUUCAAGUAUUACAGAUACAAAAUUAGAAGAUUUUUAUGAGUGGAAUUAUAAGAGUCAAUCAUAUUUAGCUGACACAGUGCAACAACAGAUUAAUUUCAUAAAACAUAAUAACACACAGAACUGGACAAGUCAAAAUAAUGUAACCAAGAGCAAUGAUACACAUACAAAAUGUACCAGCAGAAAUUGGGAAAAUCAAAAUGAUACGGGAACCAUUGCGUCUGCUGGAAUUCAAGAGCAAACAAGUUCAGUUCAACAAACAAAAUCAUAUAGUCCAAAGGAAAUAUUCCAAUGGCCAGUUUCUGCGCAAACGUAUGAACCCUCCUCUUUAAGGAACAAAAUAUAUCAAGAACAAUUGUUAGAAAAAUGUGCCUUAAGAAGAGCUGCAGAAUUGGAUGUGCAGCGUAAAAUGUUGGAACUAGAAAGAUUUCAGUGGGAAUAUGAAAGAGACAAAUUACAGACUGAAGUCCGCUGGGCUCAUGAAACUCGUAUGAUGCAGUUUAAAGAAGAAAGAGAAAGGCAGUUAACUGAGCAGAGUAGAAUAAGAACACCUUCCAGUAUAAUUUAAUUGCAGAUAACGCAUUUUCCACAUUGAUAAUCAAUAUUAUUUACACAAAAAACAUUUUUAUAGUUGAAGUUAAGUUUAUUUUUAAGACAUAUGUGAAUAUUACAAGAUAAUUGGGGAGACUAUAAAAAGUAUACUGUCAACUUAAAAUGAAAAUAUAUUUCUUACGUAAAUAAGCGUGUUGCAAAUGUUAUGUCGUAAUAAUACAUUAAAAAUUGGCUGAUUUUAACAAAUAAAACACAACGAAGUCUAGCAAUGACGACUUCUAACUCGCAGAGUAAUAGAUCAGUAGUAGGUGACGCUAAAUACAAUGUACAAGGCAUACCACUUGGGAGACAUUGCUAUGUUUUUGGUUUAAUCGUGAAGGAAAUUUUAGCUCUCAACAAACAUUUUCCUAUGUCUGGGAGAAACAUGAUCAACAGCAACAGAAGUACGAUCGAAGGGUCACCUUUUGCUGUUAUUACUGUCCUGACAGAGUUAGUAUACAGAGUUGUCUGUAACGCGGAAGAAGCCGACACUUUGGAUGAUAAAAAGGGAAAUGUACAUUUUCAAUUGUACGCUUACUAAUGAUCGGGGAUGGUGAAAAAAUAAUGCGAACCAAAUACCAUACAAUAUGAUUUAAUUGUACAGGAGAAACUUGUGUUUAAGAACACACUCGCAACUGCGUGUUCUUUUUAUUUAUC